AUGAAGGAUGAAGAGGGGGAGAUUACUGUCACACUAGAGGAGGACGAAGAAGAGAAGACUGGAGAACUGAUCAACACCAGAAAAUACAGAGAGAGACGGGACAAUCGUGGAUCCUCAGGGGAGCCUCAACAACAUCAUGAUGCUGAUGAGGCAGAGAAAAGUCUCUCCAGAUCAGAACUCCUCAAGAAACACCAGCGAGUACACACAGAAGAGAAAUCUUUCUGCUGCUCUGACUGUGGGAAAAUAUUAAACUCUUCAGUAGACCUUAAGAUACAUCAAAUAAUUCACACUGGAGAGAAACUUUCUAGGUGUGAUCAAUGUGGGAAGAGUUUUACGACAUCUAGCUAUCUAACUAUACACCAGAGAACACACACAGGAGAAAAAUUGUAUAGCUGUAGUCAGUGUGGGAAGAGUUUUACUCAUUCAACCAGCCUGAUAUCACACCAGAGAACACACACAGGAGAGAAACCUUAUAGCUGUGGUCAAUGUGGGAAGAGUUUUGGUACAUCUGGCUGUCUGGCAACACAUCAGAGAACACACACAGGAGAGAAACCUUAUAGCUGUACUCAAUGUGGGAAGAGUUUCACUCAUUCAACCAGCCUGAUAUCACACCAGAGAACACACACAGGAGAGAAAUCUUAUAGCUGUGGUCAAUGUGGGAAGAGUUUCACUCAGUCAACCAGUCUGACAUCACACCAGAGAACACACACAGGAGAGAAAUCUUGUAGCUGUGAUGAAUGUGGGAAGAGUUUUACUCAGCUAAGCAGCCUGAUAUCACACACAGGAGAGAAAUCGUAUAGCUGUAAUCAAUGUGGGAAGAGUUUUGCUUCAUCUGGCAUUUUGACUGUACACCAGAGAAUACACACAGGCGAGAAACCUUAUAGCUGUGAUCAAUGUGGGAGGAGUUUUACUCAGCUAAGCAGCCUGGUAUCUCACCAGAGAACACACACAGGAGAGAAACCUCACAGCUGUAAUCAAUGUGGGAAGAGAUACUCUGAUAAAAGAUCUCUGACUAAACAUCAGAAAAUACAUGUAGUUGUUUCAUGAUAUCAAUGAAAUAAUGUAGAAUGUUUCUAAUAUUGUGGAAGUAUUUUAGUCACGUCACAAUAAAGAAUGGUUUAACAUUGUAGGAGCAGUAUUUUAAGGAAUGUCAGAAUGUAGAACCCUAAACGUUUGCUCUAAAUUGAAAGAGUACUAUUUAUGAGAUUUAACAAGAAUAGAGUUGUGUUACACUUACGACUUUGGUGACCCACUUGAAUCAAAAUGCAACACUUCAAAAUGUUUAGGUUUACAAUAUAUCCCAAGCUGUUUCUACAUAUUGGUUAUUGUGUUUUGACAUUGCACUAUUCCCAUGAGCAAAAUGUAAUUGAAAAGACGUUGAAAAUAACACUAUGCCUGAUGACCAAUAUAUGUUCGGUUGAAAGUCAAAGUUGAGAAGAUGUAUUUUCUGGUCGUUUUUUCAAUGACUUGAAAACAACUUGAUUUCAAGGUACUUGCAGCCUAUACACAUACGCAGUAUAAUAAAUUGGUCUAUAAUCAGUUUUAUUAACAAUCUUACAUCACUCCAGCAUUUCUUUACAACAUCCAAGCACUAAUUGUCUUUAUUCCACUACUGAAGUGGCAUGAAUCAAAUCACCUACUCAUAUUUCAAACAUUCAGCCUGACAAAAUAUACAUUUUUUAUCAUUCCAUGCCUCACCCUUAAGUUAAUUAUUGCCAAUACAUAUUAACAAAGGGGUGUACAUUUGCUUUUGAUAUUUCAUAGUUACAAUUCAUGUAACAUUUAGUCAUUAUUUAUGCAACCAACUGACAAUUUAUGGGUACAAUUAUAUUGAAAUUGUGAUCCUGCUUUUAGAUUAUCAGGAUUCAUUCUCAGAUGUGCCAACCCAAAUGUUCUGUAGCAUGACAUUGGGGACUGGGCCCCGAUCCAACAACAUGCCUGUCGAGAUAUUGCAGGAGUUUGCUCUUGAAAUCAGACAUGACUAAUACAAUUUGAUUUGUGUUUUGUUUGUGCUCCUUCCAAGGGGACGAGAGUGAGUUUCAGGAAGACAAGAGUUCUAGAAGCUAGUGAGUUUUAGGAUUCUAUAGAAAGAAAAAGAACAAAAAUUAAAUGGUUGUAUAUUAUCA